GCAGUAUGCUGACCAGCUUUCUGAAGUGCAGCGAGAAGACACAAAAUGGUGAUCGAAGUAUCAGUGGCCACUUUGGUAGCUGUGUUCCUUGUUGGCAUCCUGUUCAUGCUGAUUUGGAUUUCGGGUCAGAGAGACUCAUAUGUACUGGAAAAUGACAAGGGAACUAAUUCUGCGGGAGCAGAAUCUCGACUUCUGCAGUAUUUCUAUCAGUUUCUUCCUCGCUCUUCACCUUGCUCCCUCCCAGGCCCCACCAGCCUCUUUCUUGUAGGUAAUAUGAUGGAGCUGACGCACGAUCAUCUACCAAUUCACCUGACCAAUCUGGCACAACGCUAUGGAAGCAUUUACCGCCUUCAGUGCGGAAACACAACCAUGGUGGUGCUCAAUAGUAGUAAAGUCAUAAGAGAAGCUUUGGUGAAGAAAUGGUCUGAUUUUGCUGGGAGACCAAUUUCAUACACAGGUAAUAUUGUGUCUGGAGGGGGUCACGCCAUCUCUCUGGGGGACUACAAUGAAGAGUGGAGGGCACAUCGCCGCCUUGUCCACAGCGCUCUACAGCGCUGCUGCCAAAAAUCUUUACACGAUGUAAUCGAGAGACAGGCAAUGCAUCUGCGAAAGGUUUUGAUGGACUAUCGAGGCAGUGCUGUGGAUCUCUCAGAGGAUUUCACAGUAGCAGCCAGUAAUGUCAUCACCACUUUGGCUUUUGGAAAAGAAUAUGACAAAAGUUCUUCAGAGCUGCAGCAGCUGCACAGCUGUCUGAAUGAGAUUGUCGCUCUGUGGGGCUCCUCUUGGAUUUCUGCUCUGGACUCCUUCCCACUGCUCAGGAAAUUACCCAAUCCUGUGUUUGACCGUCUUCUGAAAGAGGUGGCCAGGAGAGAUGAAAUUAUAAGAAGACACCUUAACAACUACAAGUCACAAGACCAAAAAAAUGAGGACGCCAUCACAGAAUCUCUCCUCCAGGGCAUUGAAAAACAUGAAAAUGAAGGGCUCCUCACAGAUGUUCAUGUUCACAUGGCCACUGUGGACCUUCUCAUCGGGGGAACAGAAACCACUGCAGCCUGGCUGAACUGGACUGUGGCCUUCCUCAUGCACAGACCAGAGGUGCAGACCAGAGUGCAUGAGGAGCUGUGCACAGUACUAGAAGGACGAUACCCCAAAUACAGUGACAGACACAGACUUCCUGUUCUGUGCUCCCUGAUCAGUGAGGUGCUCAGACUCAGACCAGUCGCUCCAUUGGCGGUGCCACAUAGAGCCAUCAGAGACAGCAGUAUUGCAGGGUAUUUCAUCCCUAAGAACACAGUCAUCAUUCCUAAUCUUUUUGGAGCUCACCACGAUCCUGCAGUUUGGUCCGACCCAUACAGCUUCAAACCAGAGCGUUUUCUGGAGGGAGGAGGAGGCUCCAGCCGGGCUCUGAUCCCUUUCGGAGGGGGCGCUCGGCUCUGCCUGGGAGAAUCUGUUGCCAAAAUGGAGCUCUUUCUGUUCACCGCUUACUUGCUGAGAGAUUUCCAGUUCGUCCCUGCUGAGAGCAAAGCCUCGCUGCCUGACCUGAGAGGAGUUGCAAGUGUUGUGCUCAAGGUCAAGUCCUAUAAAGUUGUAGCACGUCCGAGACCGGUGACUAAUCCAAGAGAUACAGUGGCUUGAUUACAUGCUGUGUAUCAAAUAAUAUAGAAAAGUAUGACAUGUAUAUGAUAAUAAUUGCAGAACCUUGCAUGCAUACUCGGCUUCACUAUCUUUCUGUUUGAUGCAUCGUGAUUAAAAUGGUCACACUCAUUGUCUACACCCAUACACUUGUUUCUUCUGUGGAAAUGCAAAAGCAAACCGACUUGUUAUUCUUUGAUAAUGAAAAGUGGAAUUUGGCCUCAGUGAUCAUAUUUUUGUAGAGUAAUUUGUCAUUUAUGUAGAGCUGCAUGUGAGUCAAAUCUGAAUCAGCCUUUGUCUGGUGUGUCCAGCUUACUGUAACUGAAAUCACUCAUUUUGCAAGGAGAGGAAUGUCUUUCAUUAGGUGCAACAACACCACCUAGUGGGAAAAUACUGAAAAUUCUACAGUCAGUGAAAGAACUCCUCAACACUCUAUUACAGCAGGUAUAUUGUACAAGCGUUUCAAUUCUCUCUAUUAAUAAAUGUCAAAUGAUAGAUAUCAGUGAAUAUAGAAGUUGUGUUUACUGAAAUAUCUGACAAACAGUAUUAAUUUUACACAUAACAGAUAGUACACAUGAAGUAUUCGUUUGUAUAGUGGCCACAAUUUUGUAUAGAAGUAUCAGAGGUGAGAAUAUAAAUAUAGUUGUUUGUUUUUCUGUCUCUUCGCUCUGCAUGCUGUUACAAUCAUUUGGUGUGAAAACUGCCAUAUAUAUAAAUUUUGACUGGCAAGUA